GCUGGUGCCAAACAACUAGCAGAGGCGCAAAAGUAGCCUCCCUGCGCUGGGAGCCCAGAGCAGGAGGCAGAGCCCGCGGGAAGCUCGGAGCACUCAGGACGCCGCGCGCCCUUCCCCGCCCUCCCUGACCAGGGAGCAGCUCGCUCCAGGCGCCCAGCCGAGGCCCCCAGCCCAGUGGGAGCGAGUCAUAGAGAACAAUUCGAGAGACAGAGACAGACGGAGCGCGCUCUCCUGCUCAGUCCUGAAAAGUGAGCCGCUCCCGGGUUUGCAACCUCAAGCUUCGCAGCGGAGGCGGCGGCGGCGGCGGCGGCCGGGAAGGAGGCAGGUGCAGGUGCAGGAGAGAGGCGGCUCUGGGCUCGGCGCCUGGGUCUCCGCCAUGGCCUCGGUCCUGGGGAGCGGCAGAGGCUCUGGAGGGCUGAGCAGUCAACUCAAAUGCAAGUCCAAGAGGAGGAGGAGGCGGAGGUCCAAGCGGAAAGAUAAAGUAAGCAUAUUGUCAACCUUCCUCGCUCCCUUCAAGCACCUGAGUCCUGGCACCACAAACACGGAGGAUGAAGACACCCUAAGUACCAGCAGCGCGGAGGUGAAGGAGAACCGCAACGUGGGCAACCUGGCCGCGCGGCCACCGCCCUCCGGGGACCGGGCCCGGGGCGGUGCGCCCGGCGCGAAGAGGAAGCGGCCGCUGGAGGAGGGGAAUGGGGGCCACUUGUGCAAACUGCAGCUGGUCUGGAAGAAGCUGUCGUGGUCGGUGGCACCCAAGAACGCGCUGGUGCAGCUGCACGAGCUGAGGCCGGGCCUGCAGUACCGGACCGUGUCGCAGACGGGCCCGGUGCAUGCCCCGGUCUUCGCGGUAGCGGUGGAGGUGAACGGACUCACGUUCGAGGGCACGGGCCCCACCAAGAAGAAGGCCAAGAUGCGCGCGGCCGAGCUGGCACUCAGGUCCUUCGUGCAGUUCCCCAACGCCUGCCAGGCGCACCUGGCCAUGGGCGGGGGCCCGGGCCCCGGCACGGACUUCACCUCCGACCAGGCCGAUUUCCCCGACACGCUCUUCCAGGAGUUCGAGCCCCCGGCGCCGCGUCCCGGUCUCACGGGAGGCCGCCCCGGGGACGCCGCGCUUCUGUCCGCGGCCUACGGGCGACGGCGGCUGCUGUGCCGCGCGCUGGACCUGGUGGGCCCGACCCCCGCCACCCCCGCGGCCCCGGGCGAGCGCAACCCCGUGGUGCUGCUGAACCGCCUGCGCGCUGGGCUGCGCUACGUGUGUCUGGCAGAACCGGCCGAGCGGCGCGCGCGGAGCUUCGUGAUGGCCGUGAGCGUGGACGGCAGGACGUUCGAGGGCUCCGGGCGCAGCAAGAAGCUGGCCCGGGGUCAGGCCGCGCAGGCCGCACUGCAGGAGCUCUUCGACAUCCAGAUGCCCGGCCACGCGCCCGGCAGGGCCAGGAGGACGCCAAUGCCGCAGGAAUUCGCAGACUCCAUAUCCCAGCUGGUCACACAGAAGUUCCGCGAGGUGACGAUGGACCUCGCGCCCAUGCACGCCCGCCACAAAGCGCUGGCAGGAAUCGUCAUGACCAAAGGCCUGGACGCUCGGCAGGCGCAGGUCGUGGCCCUGUCCUCGGGGACCAAGUGCAUCAGCGGCGAGCACCUCAGUGACCAGGGGCUGGUGGUGAAUGACUGCCACGCGGAGGUCGUGGCCCGGCGGGCGUUCCUGCACUUCCUCUACACGCAGCUGGAGCUGCACCUGAGCAAGCGGCGCGAGGACUCGGAGCGAUCGAUAUUUGUACGGUUAAAAGAAGGUGGCUACCGGCUGCGAGAAAACAUCCUCUUCCAUCUCUACGUGAGCACCUCCCCCUGUGGAGACGCAAGACUCCACUCUCCCUAUGAGAUCACCACAGACCUGCACAGCAGCAAACACCUCGUCAGGAAGUUCCGCGGCCACCUGCGCACCAAGAUCGAGUCCGGGGAAGGGACGGUCCCUGUGCGUGGCCCCAGCGCAGUGCAGACCUGGGAUGGCGUCCUGCUGGGGGAGCAGCUGGUCACCAUGUCCUGCACAGACAAGAUCGCCAGGUGGAACGUCCUGGGGCUGCAGGGCGCGCUCCUGUCCCACUUCGUGGAGCCCGUGUACCUGCAGAGCAUCGUGGUGGGCAGCCUGCACCACACGGGCCACCUCGCACGCGUCAUGAGCCACCGCAUGGAGGGUGUCGGCCAGCUGCCCGCCUCCUACCGGCACAACCGGCCUCUCCUCAGCGGCGUGAGUGACGCCGAGGCGCGCCAGCCAGGGAAGUCGCCCCCCUUCAGCAUGAACUGGGUCGUGGGCAGCAUGGACCUGGAGAUUAUCAAUGCCACCACUGGGCGGAGGAGCUGCGGGGGCCCGUCCCGGCUCUGCAAGCACAUGCUGUCUGCACGGUGGGCGCGGCUGUACGGCAAGCUGAGCACACGGACUCCCAGCCCUGGAGACACGCCCUCCAUGUACUGUGAGGCCAAGCUGGGGGCGCACACCUACCAGUCUGUGAAACAGCAGCUGUUCAAGGCCUUUCAGAAGGCUGGCCUGGGCACCUGGGUGAGGAAACCACCGGAGCAGCAACAGUUUCUACUGACUCUCUAGGCUGCGGGCUCCUGGCUGCUGGAGCUGAGUGGGACGCUGGAGGGAUGGGACCCUGUCUGGGGGAUGACACGGCGGGUCGGCCGGUUCCCUGCAUUCGUUUUACUUUGGUGUUCCAGAAACACGCGAGUGUGCAAUGUUUGGACGAGCAACAAGACGAAUUCAGAACAUGCCUCUUUCCAGAUCGCUGGCCCCAGAACCCUGUCCCCCACAGCCAGGGGCACACGCACUGUUGAGUUAGCGCCAACUCUUCCUGUGGAGUCUGAGGGAGGGGUUCCAUUCAGGCAAAGGGGUUUUCGCUGCAGCCUUGGAAGGAGGCACCGACGCGACACCAGGGAGGAGUGAGCCUCAGGCCCCAUCCCUGCACCCCACCCCUGCGUGCGCCUCUUGGCGAUGUUGGGGUUUCACUAGCUUGAGGGGGCACAUGAAGAUAAGCCACAAGCGAAGAGAAAAGCCAUGCCCACCCCAGCCCCAGAGAAACCAAUAAGAAUCCUCUAUUAUUUUCACUAUUCAUUUAGGUUUUUAUACUCCACCUCCUUUCAAAAAAGAUUUAAGAUGCACGACAUUACGGAACACCUAAAAUAGAACCAGAGAAAGGAAAGCCAUUCCCACAAAGUGAAGGAACAGUUUCCAAAACCCCGGCGAGGCAGAGUUAAGACCUGUGAUGUGGGGAGCCUGGAAACACCCGGCCCACGCUCGCUGUAGAUGUGGGGAGCCUGGAAACACCCGGCCCAAGCGUGCUGCAGAUGUGGGGAGCCUGGAAACACCGGGCCCACAUGCGCUGCAGAUGUGGGGAGCCUGGAAACACCCGGCCCACGCGUGCUGCAGAUGUGGGGAGCCUAGAAACACCCGGCCCACUCACGCUGCAGAUGUGGGGAGCCUGGAAACACCCGGCCCACGCGUGCUGCAGAUGUGGGGAGCCUAGAAACACCCGGCCCACUCGCGCUGCAGAUGUGGGGAGCCUGGAAACACCCGGCCCACGCGGGCUGCAGAUGUGGGGAGUCUGGAAACACCCGGCCCAAGCGUGCUGCAGAUGUGGGGAGCCUAGAAACACCUGGCCCACGCACUGUAGAUGUGGGGAGCCUGGAAACACCUGGCCCACACCUGUUCAGUUCGUCAUGGCGUUUGGUUUAUUGUGGCCAAUACUGAGAGCCACUGAGGUCUGGGUUGUGUAAGGGUUAGCUACCACCCUAUAACCUCCCUACCAGGUAAUAAGGAGACCAAGUCUUUGAUCAAAUUCUGACUUUUUAACUAAAUUUUCAUUAGAAAGCAAGCACAAAAUAAAAUCAAAACAACCUUUGGCUUCAGCUUGAGAGGCUACCAGCUCUCUACUCUUUCAGAUUCUCCAAUCAACACCUUGCAGGACAAGACCCCAAAAAAGUUCAGCUGUCAAAAAAUGUAAGAGGCAGGAUUCUGUGACCCUCACAGCAGGCUUCCAACACCAGAGACCUUCAGCUCACAGUGGAGACGGGACACGGGGCCUUUAGCCCACAGGGUCAUCCCUGAGAGCCAAGGCACUGUAUUCAUACAGGGUCAGGCUCUUUUCCAAGUAUCUUUACGUAAUCCAUGUACCUCGAGCUGCUGUCAUCUCACCACUGAGAACUCAUUUCUAACAUUCAUCACGCUAGAUAGCCAGUCUCUCAUUUCUCCAGCUUAAAAACUCCAUCUCUGAAAUUCACGACAGUGAUGGCAGAUGGCAAAACAUGGUGGUGUCCACCUCUGGGGUGUGGGCUUCCCGGAAAGAAUCCCAGCUGACCACCCAAGAAACUGCAAGAAUAACAUCAUGCUGUACAUAGUCAAGUGCAAUAAAUUACAGUUAUCAUAAUGAGAAGGCAGAAAUGAAACUGAGUUGUAGCUAUUUGUUACAAGAUAAUAAGAAGUAGAGAUAUUAGUAUGGAAAUAGAAACUUUUCCUGGGAUUUAAAAUCAGGCCAAAUUUAUCACUCGAGUUCUUUUAGAAAAGAAAACAGGCACUGGAGUAGACAACUUCUUCCAGAUAAAGUUUCAAAAGAACAUUUUUCAAAUAAAGGACUCACAUUAAUCUUUUAUAAAAAUCGCAAAAAUAAAUGAAAUCUUAAUUCAGUGCAAAA